CGGGCCGCUCCCCGAGCCCUUCACUGCUAGGCCGCAGCCGCCUGCCGGGGCCCGCCCCGGAUCCCGCGUCACGUCAGGCGGAGCCGCCCGCCCCGCCGCGCGCUCCGGGAUGCUGCUCUCGGUGCCGCCGCCGCGCCCGGGCCUGGCCGCCUUCGCCUGCAGUAAGGGCGGAAAGAAGCAGCCCUAUGUGCCGCCGUCGCAGCCCAUGGGCCCCCCCAGCCCCAGCCCGUCUUCCGGGGGGGCGGGCGAACAGCUGAGCAAAACCAAUCUGUACAUCCGGGGGCUGCACCCCGGGACCACCGACCAGGACCUGGUGAAGCUGUGUCAGCCUUAUGGGAAGAUCGUCUCCACCAAAGCCAUCCUGGACAAGACGACCAAUAAGUGCAAAGGCUAUGGCUUCGUGGACUUCGACAGCCCCACGGCAGCGCAGAAGGCAGUGACGGCUCUCAAGGCCAGCGGGGUGCAGGCACAGAUGGCCAAGCAACAGGAGCAGGACCCCACCAACCUCUACAUCUCCAACCUGCCGCUGGGGGUGGACGAGCAGGAGCUGGAGGCGCUGCUGAAGCCCUUUGGGCAGGUUGUGUCCACCCGCAUCCUGCGGGACCCCCACGGGGCCAGCCGUGGCGUGGGCUUCGCACGGAUGGAGUCCACGGAGAAGUGCGAGGCUGUCAUCACCCACUUUAACGGGAAAUACAUCAAGACCCCCCCAGGGGUGCCAGCCCCCCCGGACCCCCUGCUCUGCAAGUUUGCAGAUGGAGGGCAGAAGAAACGGCAGAGCCAGGGCAAGUUUGUGCCCAAUGGGAGAGCCUGGGCUCGGGACAGCGACGCGGGUAAAUGGGGGUCUGAGAGGCACCGUGACCUUGGCCUACGACCUGCCACGGCGCUGCAGAACGGGUUCUACCCCGCACCUUACGGCCUGGCCCCCAACAGGAUGAUUGCACCCACCGCCCUGGCUCCCUACCUGCCCUCACCUGUCUCCUCCUACCAGGUCCACAGCCCCACCUGGAUGCACCAGUCCUACCUCGUGCAGCCCACGGGCACAGUGCUGGCCCCCGCCGUGGACCACGCCGUCCCCCUCCAGCCCUCAGUGGUGGCCCCCCUGGCCCAGCAGCUCGGCCACCUCUCCCUGGGCAGCGCCGGCACGUACGUGCCCGCUGCUGCCCUGCCUGGAGCCUUCCUCCCACCGUACCCCCCCGUGCCGCCCGCGGUGCCACUGGAGGACGGCGGCGCUGCACCCACCCACGGCCACGGCCCCGUGGAGUCGCCCUCUGAGCCCGGCGCCUUCCCCUACCCCUACCCCAAGUAGCAGCGGGGGGGGGGGGGGGCCGGCACCGAGGGACCCCCACCACUGCUGCCCGCCUUGUGCCCUGCCUCUGCUCCUCCUCCUCCUCCUCAGCAAGGUGGGGG